CCCCCAUUGGUGGCGUCCGGCGGCGCGGCUGCUGUUAUUUUUCGAAUAUAUAAGGAGGUGGAGGUGGCAGCUGCUGCUUAGAGGUUUCCCGGAGUGGUGGCUGGUCCCUGCGUCCCUCCACCCCGCCCCACCCUCCCCGCUUCCCUCUCCUCCCUCGCUCCGACCCCGUGGCUCUUCCUCCCUCCCUCCCCCCGCCCCUCCACCCCGGGCCCGCUCCCCACCUCGCCCCGGCCAGCUGUGCCCGGCGUCGCCCUGCGCCCGGCCCUCCGGCCAGCCUUCCGCGGGCCACGCCGCGAUGGAGCUGCCCCAGCCCGAGCCCGCGCCGGGCGUGGCUCUCAGUCCGGCCGGCGUGCGCGGUGGCGCCGAGCGUCCCAGCCACCUCCGGGGCCUCCGGCUGGGAGCUCAUGGCCUCGUGGGGUCCCCGGAGCGCGCGGCCGCUUCCUCGCCGGUCACCACCCUCACCCAGACCAUGCACAACCUCGCCGGGCUGGGCAGUGAGACCCCAAAGAGUCAGGUAGGUGGCCUGCUCACACGCCUAUCCCUGUCCCGGAGACGAGCAUCUGAAUCUUCCCUGUCAUCUGAGUCCUCUGAAUCUUCUGAUGCAGGUCUUUGCAUGGAUUCUCCCAGCCCCAUGGACCCCCAGAUGGCAGAGCAGACGUUUGAACAGGCCAUCCAAGCAGCCAGCCGGGUCAUCCGAAACGAGCAGUUUGCCAUUCGACGCUUCCAGUCCUUACCGGUGAGGCUUCUGGGCCACAGCCCUGUGCUACGGAACAUCACCAACUCCCAAGCACCUGGCAGCUGGAGGAAGAGCGAGGCGUGUGGCCGAGCUGCCCGCAGCUCUGGGGAGGACAAAGAGAAUGUGCGCGUCCUGAAGGCUGGAGUGGGAGCACUUCAGGGAGAGAAGGGGGUGUGCUGGGGUGGUUCUCUGGCGUUUGAUGACACCCCCCCCCCAUCUUGCCCACAGGAUGGAUUUGUUUUCAAGAUGCCAUGGAAACCCCCACAUCCCAGCCAUGCCCAUGCUUUGGAAGAGUGGGCUGACCGAAGAGAAGCCUUUGCCCAGAGACCAAGCUCAGCCCCUGAUCUGAUGUGUCUCACCCCUGAGCGGAAGAUGGAAAUAGAGGAGUGGAGUCCCCCGGCCCGAUCCCGCUUCCCCCUGACUGCCACCCAGGGGUCCUCUGAGGAAGAUGAUGGAUUUGUGGACAUCCUGGAGAGUGACUUAAAGGAUGACAAUGUGGUCCCCCCAGGCAUGGAGAGCCUCAUUAGCGCCCCACUGGUCAAGACCUCAGAAAAGGAGGAAGAGCAGGACCUCAUCAUAUACAGCAAGUGCCAGCGGCUCUUCCGUUCUCCGUCCAUGCCCUGCAGCGUGAUCCGACCCAUCCUCAAGAGGCUGGAGCGGCCCCACGACAGGGACCUGCCCAUACAGAACAAGCGGAGGAAGAGUGUCACGCCUCCAGAGGAGCAACGGGAGGCCGAGGAACCUAAAGCCCGUGUCCUCCGCUCAAAGUCCUUGUGUCAUGAUGAGAUUGAGACUAUCCUGGACAGUGACCACCGAGAACUGAUUGGGGAUUACUCCAAGGCCUUCCUUCUGCAGACUGUGGAUGGGAAGCACCAAGAUCUCAAGUACAUCUCACCAGAAACGAUGGCAGCCCUGUUGGCAGGCAAGUUCAGCAACAUUGUGGAGAGGUUUGUGAUUGUGGACUGCAGGUACCCCUACGAGUAUGAAGGCGGGCACAUUAAGACUGCCGUGAACUUGCCCCUGGAACGGGAUGCUGAGACCUUCCUGCUACAGAGCCCCAUCACACCCUGUAAUCUGGACAAGAGAAUCAUCCUCAUUUUCCACUGUGAAUUCUCAUCUGAACGCGGUCCCCGCAUGUGCCGUUUCAUCAGGGAGCGUGACAGAGCCGCCAACGACUAUCCCAGCCUCUACUAUCCUGAGAUGUAUAUCCUCAAGGGCGGCUAUAAGGAGUUCUUCCCACAGCACCCGACCUUCUGUGAGCCCCAGGACUACCGGCCCAUGAACCAUGAGGCCUUUAAGGACGAGCUGAAGACCUUCCGUCUCAAGACACGCAGCUGGGCUGGGGAGAGGAGCCGGCGGGAGCUCUGUAGCCGCCUGCAGGACCAGUGAAGGCCAGCGCCAGCCCUGCCUACCUUCUCUUCUUCGUGGCCUGGGUGCCAGCCACCUAGGGCCCUGCAGGGCUGAGGGUCUGCUGCAGGCCCCAGGUGCCAUCCAGGGGAAGGGCAGUGAGGGUGUCCUGUCUGUCUGCCCCCAGCCCUGGUCCCCAUGUCUCCAUUCAAUCAUACUUCAGACCCUUGUCCCACCCCCACCCCAGCCCAGCCCCUGGAGGAGCCCAGCCUGUUGAUUUGGUGAAAUUGGAUUAUGUCGAGCUCUAAGGAAGUAUUUUGUGUCCAGCAGGGACCUUUUUGCUUUUUUUCCUUCCUUGUUUGAGUUAACCCUUUGUCUUCCCAUGUCCAGAAAAGACCCCCCUUUUCUCUAGGGGCUUUGUUUGUAUGUGGCCGGAGGAAAUCCACAGCCCCCCAGGAUGGGCCAAGGCAGAAUUCCUCCCUGUGAGGGGAGCUGGCACUGUGGCCGGGCCCUCUCUAGCACUCCUGGGUGUGUCUGCCAUGUUUUCUUUCUCUUUCCCUUUCCUGUCCCUCCACAUGAACACCUCCAGCACAAACAUAACCUCUUACUCUUUCCUGUUUCAGUGUUACCCGCACGCUUGAUUCAUUUGUCUGAUUUGUUGCCCAUCUCAGGAUAUUCACAGGCUGAGGAUUAGGCUCCCCUCUCCAGCUGGGGUUAGAGACUCUGAACAUUAAUUAGCCACUUGACCCUAGCUCCUCAGGGGCCCUUGGGCCAGGGCUAAGGCCUGCAUCCUGAGCCCCUGGAAGCCCAGACCUCACUGCUGUGAACCCCGGGGCCUGACUGGUCAGAAUUUGCUGCUGUCUUGUUGUGGAUGGACAGAUGGACGAAUGGACAGAUGAUGGAUGGAUGGAUGGAUGGAUGGAUGGAUGGAUGGAUGGAUAGCCAUGGAUGCCCAAUGCCUUGCACACACAAACUGCUGAGUUGAAGCAUUUCAGUGAGCAUGACAGCCUGCGGCAAGAAUAUGUGUCUGUCUGUGUGGACAAAGUCUUUACACUUUAAGGUUUGGAAAUAUUCAAGAUGAAAUGUCAUAGAAGCAGCGAAGCCAAGGACAGAGCCACUUCCGGAUUCCGAAUCUCAGGAUGUGUGGGGGGCUGUGCUUGAAGGCCCAGAUGAGUCAUCUGUUUGGGCCUUGGUUCAAUAAAGCACUGAGCAAGCUGA